AUGCCUCCACGAUCGAGCAAUCCCAGGCAGUCUACCGCGUCGCAUAGGUCGACAUUGUCAUUAUCCAAAACCGAAGUCACAAUCCAUGUCUAUGAUCUGCUACCUCCAGGACGCCUAUCCUCUGUUCUUUGGACAUUUGGCGCUUCACUACUGCACUCGGGUGUUGUGAUCAAUGGCAGAGAGUACGCCUACGGCGGGCACGAGCGACGAGGUGUGACGGGAGUAUACUGGACAAAGCCCAAGACGGAGCCCCCCGGCGGCACUUUCAAGUCCGAGAUCCUCCACGGCUUUACCUUUGCAACCCAGGCCGAGAUCGAUGCGAUUCUGGAAGAAGCCUCGAGAGACUUCCUCGGAACCUCCUAUAACCUCUUGACGAAAAAUUGCAACCACUUCACUUCCUAUCUCUGCAGAAAGCUUACCGGCCGUCCCGGUCCCGGCUGGCUGAACCGUGCGGCAAGCAUCGGUGUCGCAUUACCCUGCGUUGUUCCUAGGGACUGGAUCGACCCACCCGAGUACGAUACCGCCGACGGCGCACUUCUGGAAGAGGAGGAGGAGGAUGAUCGUGCUCACGAAGGCUCUAGGAUGCUGAAGCAAUCGCCACCGAGGUUCCUCACCGAGAACUCCAAGGGUCAAGCGGAGGACGCCGAUUGGGAUAGCGAGGAGGAACGACGCCGCGGCGGCAACGGCAAGGGCAAGAAGGCCGUACGGGAUACUGCGGGUCGCGACCUACCUGCUGCCGAAAGGGCUCCGGUUCGAAAGUAG